AUGGCGUCUGGAGCCCUCGCGCGGCGGGAUGAGCCUUCGAACGUCUACGACCAGUUUCGGCUGCUUGAUGUCCACCUGUUAAAUCUGACCACCACGGCCCGGGCCUUGCGCAUCCGCUUACGCGUGCUCUGGUCCUACUCUGUAGCGCUCGAGCGACGAGCGAAAGAGACAUCUCAACUGAACAAAUCCUACGCAGAAGCAACUCCGCCAGUCGAAGUCACAAGUGUUCCGGCUGCAGGCGGAGCUCCAAUCCGAGAGAGCGAAGUCCAGAAGAUCCAGGCAGCACAGAAAACGCAGAAGCGGCGAGAGACGGACGUCCUGCUAGCAUAG